AUGGAACGCAACAUCCCAUUCCAACAGUCCGAUAGGAAGGCAAAACUUUUUAAAACCGUCUACGACUUUGUCGCAUCCAACAUCGAACCUCCACAGCACAUCCAGGUUCUCAGGAGAGCGUCCGCUGCAAUGCCGAUGAUGAUCCUUGGGUUCCUGUGGAUCAGUUCAGAGAAACUCUUCCAAAUUUUCGAGAGCACAGAAGAAGUAAAGGGACAGAAGAUAAAAAGGAUCCUGGCAAUCAAAGAUGAGUGUGACAACAUCAAUAUCAGGAGGGAGUGUGUCCUCAAAAGCCUGAUCAUAUACCUCAAUGAGGAUCCAGACUCUCUCUUCAAGGAAUACCUGCCAUCUGCUGUUGAGGAUGCCGAGAAUGACAUUGUCACUACAGUUAUGGGCAUUCACACAGUCCGAAGCCAUGAGUUUGGGGAGCCAGAUGACGUGUGGGUCAUCAUUGAAGGCGUGAAAGUCUUCACCAAUGUAGGAAGUGCCAUAAGGGCUUUCAUCUCACUCUUUGGGCUUAUUUAUGCGCUGGAUCUUAGUUUUCCAGAGAACCUGAAAUACACUUUUGAGUUUGUCCAAAAAAUCCUGAUGAAUCUGGAUGCACACCGGCUAAACACCAAAAUACAGCAACUGAAAAUCAAGCUGUUCAUGUAAAAGAUGAACAGGUGAAAAGUAACACUUGGACUGGGGACUUGUUUUUGUUUUUGGGUUCGGUUUGGUAAGAUUUCAAAAUGUGGCUCCACUGGCUGCCAAAAAGUGUGUUUUAAUGUAACUUCCUGUAUGUAACUGCCAUAUGUGUUUUAAGGUGCUGAAGGAAUGUUAUUGACCUUACAGAUUACAUUUUAAGGUUUCUAAAAUCUGUAAACUGCAUUGUUUAUCUGUUGAGUUUCAAAUGCUUAUAA